AAGAAAUGAGGAAGGCGCUUGCUUAUGCGUCGCGCGCGUCUUCCCGCCAAAUGUUUGUCGUAAAGAGAUCCAAAGUUGAACGGCUGUGUUCGGGGCAGCGAGGGGGCUUGUAAUCCCCGCGUGGCGGUUUCCUCUCUCCCCCUGAAGGGCGGUCUUUCUACGCGGGUGAAGAAGUUGCAUUAACCCCCCCUUGUCUCCUGGAGAGUGUCCCUGAUGGCUCAGACGUUUCAGGUGCUGAGGUGCUGCUUCUGUAAUAUCUUCCAAGUCCAGCAGAUUAAAAAGAGCAAAAAAUGGAAUUGCAAAAUAUGUGAUGAAAAGCAGUCAAUUCUAAAGGUUUUUGGAGAAGGUUCUGGAUCUGACUGCAGGCACCAUGUGCAAAAACUAAAUUUGCUGCAUGGAGAGGUAGAGCAGGCAUCUAUGAAAAUGCUCAGAUCUGUAGAAGAACCAAUAAGGAGCGGUGAUGCGAACACAGUUGUUAAGUUGGAAGAGAAUUUAGGCUGGCAGGAGGAAAAGGCAGAGUCAGUCAGCCGCUGGAGCAAAUAUCUCAGUGAAAAAUGUGUGACGCAAGAGAAGGAAGAUGAGGGGGAGAGAAUGGUGUAUACAGAAAAACAGACCUACUCUUCCAAGAACAUGCUGAAACAUUCAAAGAAGUGUCAGAAGACCAGCCUCCACACUAGUGAUGCCAGGGAGGGCAAAAAACGGAGAAAUUCUGGAUUUGCAGAGGAUGCCCGAAGCUUUGAGAACAGAAGAACUUCAACCACAGUGGCUCAAAACUGUGGAGAUACUACAUGUAAAAGUGUUGCGACUCCUGUGGAAGAGGAUCUGGUAUGUCGAAACAACAAAGAUUUGAAGUUGAGAGGUGCAGGACUUUCAAAGUGGGAGAAAUUCCUUUUAUCCAAAAUGAGUUGUAAUAGUGGUGACAUAACUACGACAAUACAAGAGAGGCAGGAAGUACUAGUCCAAACACUUGCUGCCGAUAAAAAUGCUGAAAGGGAGGAUACCUUCAACAAUAUCAGCCCCUCUAAUUGGCAUCAGGCAUCAAAGCAAAAUGCAUCCAUCCAGUUAGCUAGAGUGCAACAGGUCUCCAAAACUGAGUAUGUUCCAACAGCUGGCAUACCUGUGGGAAGAUGCAAACAUUCUCCAUCUUUGGCUAAUGUUCAUCUUCAAGAAAUAUUGCUAAAUAGACUGCCCGAACAACCUACUGCCAUUCCUUCCGUAAGUCCUCCUGGCAUCUCUAAUUCAACAAAUAUGUACAGAAGCCUCUUUUCCUCAGAAGAAGAUUUUGAUGAUAUUUAAAUGAACUUUCUUCCCACUUUUAUCAAUAUUAAUCUGUUUGAGAUGGCUUAGCAUAAAAUGUAGCCUGAGUUGUAUAGUAAGGGGAUUGUGCUUAAAUAGUGCUAUUGUCUUUGGCCAUUGCAUGUAGGGCUUCUACAAUGCAGUCUGCCAUUUGUUGCAAGAAUUGUGUGUCAGACUAGGCUUAAAAAACAAACAAAGCAGUACAGUAUUUGGGGAAAUGCUUAUUCACUAUGUACAGCAGGAGAGAGAUGCAGAAAAUUUUGAAAACAGUCUACAUAUGUUCAGCUAAGAACUAAUUUUUGGUUAGCUUUUAGUUUUCACUCAUAAAAUAAAUGAAUUCUCUUCUCCUUGC